AUGGCACUAUCUGGAACCUGCUCGAUGGAAAGACAGCUGAAGUACCGUUAUGAGAAGCCACAGUUGUCGCGGGUGACCUUAACGGUCACGUACUCACAUAAUCUCCCCAUUGUAAACACGAGAUUUCAAAAACGUGACACUCAUUUCAUCAACUUCUAUAGCGAAGAGAACAGAACACAACUUGAAUUUGUCCUUGUCAGGCACCGCGAUCGGGGGCUCGUAACAGAUGCGAAGACUGUUCCCCAUGAAACGGUCGCAACACAACACCAACCACUGAUUUAUACGUUAAAGAUCAUCCCGCCGAAACCAAAAUUAGCAGAAAUGUGUGGGCCAGCGAGGAUCAAAUGGUGGCGACUGAAGGAUAAAGAAGCGGCCGUCGUCUCCAGCAUUCUAUCACAGCGGACUGUCGACGAAACUUGGGAGAGAGCUGCGGAAGCAAUAGUCCGAGCUGCGCGGGCGAAGCUCGGCAAGACCAAGCCUGGACGGCGAAAGCUUGACAAGCAAACAUGGCAAACACGGACGGACCAAAUCAGGGAUAAAGUCCGUGAGAAGAAAGAGCAGUACCACGCAUUUCUUAUCGAAAAGACGGUUGACAACUGGCAGCGCUAUCAGAUAGUGAAGAAAGAGGCGGAGAAAGCCGUUGUUUUUGAAAAGGCAGCUCAUUUUGCUGAAAUGAACGAGAAACUCGAGUCUCGCGAUGGUGUUUACCGGCUCGCAAAGACCCGCAAUCGCCAGACCGAGGAUAUACAUAGAGAAGCUCACCGGCAUAAAUGA